UUUGCUAGGGUGUAAAGGGAUGGGGCAGUUCAGGGCCCCUUGGGCUUGCCAGCUAAGUGGAGACACGGUGCUGCUGUUUUCUAUCAGAUUCUCCAAAUGCCUUGGACCAUCAGAGGACAGUGGUUGUAGGGUUAACUAGCGACUUGGAAAAAAAAAAAAAAAAGACACCGUGGGCGGUGCGCGCUCCCGGGACGCGCGCUCCCGGCGUUGGGCACUCGCAGAAGCAACGCAGAGGGAAGAGGAGCCGAGAGAGAGCCCCGGUGUGCCUGCCGUGUGCGUGUGGAGCCCGCGUGGAGCGAGCCGCCGGCCGGUCGAGAUGAACACCCUGCUGUCGCGGGCGAACUCGCUGUUCGCCUUUACGCUGAGCGUCAUGGCGGCGCUCACUUUGGGCUGCAUCCUCACCACCGCCUUCAAAGACAGGAGCGCGCCCGUCCGCCUGCACGUCUCCAGGAUCCUGCUCAAAAAAGUGGAAGACUUCACUGGACCGAGGAAGAAAAGCGACCUGGGAUUCAUCACAUUCCACAUCUCUGCGGAUCUGGAGAAGACUUUCGACUGGAAUGUCAAGCAGCUCUUUCUGUAUUUGUCAGCCGAAUAUUCCACCAAAAGCAACGCGGUGAACCAGGUGGUCCUCUGGGACAAGAUAGUUCUGAGAGGCGAUAACCCGAAGCUGCACUUGAAAGACGUCAAAACCAAGUACUUUUUCUUCGACGAUGGACACGGUCUCAAGGGAAACCGGAAUGUGACUUUGACUCUGUCUUGGCAAGUUAUACCGAUUGCUGGAAUUCUGCCUCUUGUGACUGGAUCAGGACGCAUAUCUGUCCCAUUUCCAGACACAUAUGAAGUAGCCAAGACUUUUUAAAGAACUCUGCAUUUGAAAAAGGGACACUUUGUUCUUAAUGAAUCGCCUUUAAUCUUUUUUCUUUACAUCUUUCUAGUUUCUUUUUUGUUUAGUUAUCCUUUGAGAUAUACCCUUUGUAUCUAGGACUGCCUGGAACUCAUCAUCCUCAAGGUGCAGAUUGCAUUCAUGGAUCAGCAGAACAGACUUAUUCUUUGACUAUUAACUUUCUCCAUUGAUUGAUAACUUUCAUUUUUUGUAUAAGUAUUAACAACCAAGGAUAUAUCUGAAGGGAGUGAUUGAUCGAGUAUUAAAGCUUGAUUCACAAAUAACAAAACAAGGUCACCAGAGUGGGGGAUCAUUAGAAAAUGACAACUUCAUAAUGAGUGUUCUAAAAAAUACAGUUGUGGCAUAUGAUCUGCAUUUUCACUAUUCCAUGUGUAAUAUAAAAUGUGUCUGAAAGGUAGUCAAACGUUUGACGUGCUAGUAUUAUUUAAAAAAACGCUUUGUAUUUUAUUCUUGGCAUUCCUUGUAGAUUCACAUUGAAUGACAUUUUCUUAUGUCUUAUAGAGUGUAUUUGAUUACUAGAAAAGUUAUGAUGUUUUUCUUAGAAGCCUGGCAUACAAAGUAAGUAAAAAUGGAUCAGAUGAUUUUUCUCAUUUAAAAAAUCAUCUAAAUGCUUGCCUUUCCUGGCAGCAAAUAUGUUGUUUUGAAAAGUGAAUGGUUCUUUAGGCUGUAAAUAAUUAUAACUCAAUUCAAAUCUGUUAAGUAAAACAAAUAUGUGUCUUGCAGUGUUUCCUCCACAACGAUUCCUGUAUAUUUUAUCUUUGUGAAAUGUAUGUAACAUUGUUACUGUAAUUUGAGAAUGUCUGCAUGGUUUAACCUCAGAUAAAUUUGU